AUGAUCGACAAGAAGGCGCUCAUCACUCGCGAGAACCUCUGCGAAUCUCACGGCGCCGGGCCAAACAGGUGGAACGACCACCAGCUCCUCCUAAUCUCCGGUCUAGGCCCCAAUCUCACCGCCGCCGUGACCUGGAUGCUCAAUCACCUCCUCGAGGGCGACGGCCAUCUCGCCACCUCCAUCCACAUGGAGGCCGAGAGCUUCGUGGAGAAAAGCGACGAGGAGAUCGACCUCUGCCGCGUUUUCGAUGAGUCCCGCUUCUGCAGGCCACGUGGUACGAGGUUCUCCGCUUCUACGUCACUUUCACUCUGGGCCGGCACGUUCACGACGAGGGCGACGCAGUCAUCCCGAGCGGGUACACUCUGGAGCGUGGCGCAUUCGUUCUGA